AUGAUAAUCACCCAAUGCUUCCUUACACUCACCUUUCUUUCGUCUAAAUUGUUUUUAGGGCCUUUUAAACCCCGAAAACAACAUCAUCAAGCAGUAAAGAUCCAAACAAAACCGACAACAAACACAGCUACAACAAGCCAGUCAGGUCUGUCAAGCCAGCCGACACCUACCGUUACCUCCAACUCCCGUCUUACUUUAGCCAAACAGACGACAACCGGCAACCGAACCUCUAAACUUCCCGUUGCUUCUAGGAAGCGGCGCCACUCCACUAUCAAAGCUACCACGGUACCUUUACGUAGAUCACCGCGAAGCCAAGCACCUACUACUGACUUUAUGGACACUAUGAAUAUUGCAACACCCGUUGCUCCUGCACCUACAACCGCUCCCACCAGCUCCACUAUCAAUAUGGUCGUUGAGCCUUCCACUAAUGCGAUCAACCCACCUGCCUUCCUUGAAGGCAUGCACCCACCUAAACCAGACGAAAUCCAUCAGUCUCCCCUGAUGCCCACUUGGAUUCAGGAGAUCUAUUCACGUCUUGCCUCUGUCACCACUCACUUGCAGACUCACGACUCACAACUGGAACAGAACCAAGCUUUGAUCAAACAGACUCAAGAAUUGAUCAAAAAGAACCAGGAACUCCAACUGGCUUUGGAUAAAGCCCACCACGAGAUUGCGCAACUCAAGUCGGCUGCCAAUCAAACCUCGACACCUCCAUCUGCUACUACGCCGGUGCUCGAAAGGAGCUCCGAGGGUACCUCAGCCUCUCUAUGGGCAGAUAUGGCUGCCAAACCACCAGCGGAUGAAUCAGCUCCAGCCGUUACUAAACGCAAGGAAUCCAAGCCCAAGGCUUCCACAUCCACCAAACCAGCUCCCAAGGCCAAAGCCAAACGGCCAUUGACUUUAGAGCAGGUUAGCCGGUUCUACUCUCUUCCCUCGACGACCCACGGUUACCAAUUCCUGUACUUCACCUCUCGUGGACGUGAAGCCAUCUCGAAAGUCCGUGCGGGUUUCCAGGUGCUUGGUUUAUCUCAAAGCCGCAUUCUUGAUAUCCAUUACCCUACUAAUAACAUCAUUAGUUUCUUAGUUCACAACGACUAUGCCUCCACUGUCGUGGAAGCAAUGGCUCAACUCCCUGACUCUCAACGGAUUACCGACUUCGACCCUUGUGCACCCACCAUCCUUAGGGAUCCCAAGUACGCCAACCAUGCUGAUCCGCUCUUUUUGAAGUCUGAGGCGGCACGCAUUCACCAAGAACGUUUGCUCCGCAUGAUUAAACGCCUCAACACUCCCAACAUCAAAUUGGCCGUCGCUCGCGACUUCUGCUUCAAACGAAAAUGGAUAUCCGAGACUAUGUAUCAAACAUUUUACCGUGAGAUCUACCCUGCCAAGGCAUCCAAGACUGCCUCAUCUUCUUCAACGGAUGAUGUUAACAUGGAUGAUGCUCCUGCUUCUCAAGAUUCUACUUCCCAACCUGCUGCCUCCUCUUCCUCUAUUAGCCCAGCUGACGGCGUCUCAGCCCCCUUGGUCUAA